CUACAGGUAUUUGUAUGCUGAUGUGUCCGUAUUGGAAUAUGGCUGUGUCUCGCCAUUAUUCGCUCAGAAAAAUACAGAUUCCAUGCGGCCAUUAUGAACUCGAACUGUGCUCUUAGAGUUUUAUCAUCUGAGGUCAAUGGAGGCAUCGCAGGCUGUUCAUCCAUGAGGAUCAAGCCUUGGUUUCUUCAUAACAGCGUUAUGAUCUAAAACUGAUCCUGUCCUCCAUUAUGGAAGAUAAAGAGUGAAAGUGUGCAGUCGAAAGCCUGCGAGUUAAACCGUGAUCGACACCAGUGAAGAAGUUGAAUUCAAAGCCGCGCCGUGUCGUCGAGAUGUUCUCCGCUCUGAAGAAGCUGGUCGGCUCUGAGACUCCUGUCCAGCAGCGGGACAAGAACAUUCCCGCCGGGCUGCAGUCGAUGAAUCAGAGUCUGCAGAGACGAUUCGCCAAAGGAGUUCAGUACAACAUGAAGAUCGUGAUCCGCGGGGACAGGAACACAGGGAAGAGCACACUGUGGCAGCGUCUGCAGGGAGGGAAGUUCCAGGAGGAGUACAUCCCCACGCAGGAGAUCCAGGUCACCAGCAUCCACUGGAACUACAAGACGACUGACGACGUUGUGAAAGUGGAGGUGUGGGACGUCGUGGAUAAAGGCCAAAAAAUCCCUCUUCCUGAAGGUGUAGGCAGGGGUAAAAAGCGAGGAGACACACUGAAGCUCGAGAACGAUCCUCAGGAGACUGAGAACGAGAUGGCCUUGGACGCGGAGUUUUUGGACGUCUAUAAGAACUGUAACGGCGUCAUCAUGAUGUUCGACAUCACAAAGCAAUGGACUUAUAACUACAUUUUGCGUGAGCUGCCCAGAGUGCCGACCCACGUGCCCGUGUGUGUGCUGGGUAAUCAUCGGGACAUGGGCGAGCACAGGGUCAUCCUUCCUGAUGACAUCAGAGACUUCAUUAACAGCCUCAACAGGCCCCUGGGUUCUUCCUACAUCCACUACGCCGAGUCUUCCAUGAAAAAUGGCUUCGGCCUCAAAUACCUGCACCGGUUUUUCAACAUUCCUUUCUUGCAGCUCCAGAGAGAGACGCUGUUACGGCAGCUAGAGACCAACCAACUGGACAUCGACGCCACGCUGGAGGAGCUGACGGUCCAGCAGGAGACAGAGGAUCAAAACUACGAAAUAUUCCUAGAGAUGAUGGAAGCCCGUGCUAAAGGCUACAGAUCUCCCGGCGAUGCUAACGGUCAAAGCCCAUCGUCAGGCUCUCAGUCCCCCGUGGUCCCAGCAGGCACCAGCUCUACAGGCAGCUCCAGCCCUGGCACUCCACAGCAACCCCCUGUCGUGGGGCAGAACCCGCAGUUGCCCACGACCUCACCGGCUGUAGAUGCUCAGAUUCCUGCUGCUCCUCCUCCAGCUUCUGCCCCUUCUCCAUCUCCGGCCCAGCAGCCGCAGAAACGCAGCUUCAUCUCCAGGCUGUUCGGCUCGACCGCCGCUCCUGAGGUGCCCACUGCUGUUCCAGAGGCGGAGCCAGCAGCUCCCCGAGCCCCGCCCACGGUGCAGAGUGUGGAUGACUUUGUGCCAGAUGAAGGACUGGAUAGGAGUUUCUUAGACGACAGCGUCCCGUCCAGCACCAAACCCAGCACGAACACACAGCCACACCCGACGACUACGGACAGUGACAGUGAUGGAGAAGGGAGAGGAGGGAACCCGAUGGUCGCAGGGUUUCAGGACGAUCUGGAUCCUGAUGAUGCUGCUCCCAUGCAGCAGCCCAGAUCCUCAGUCCCCAGUAAAGAUCUCAAUAUCACGUUAUCCAGUGACGAGGAUGAGAACACACCUGAACCAGUUGUGGCUAAGGAUGAAGAUCUGGAGAUCCAGCUGGACAGCCAUCUGGAUGAUUUGCGUUCUUUAGCACUGGAGGAAAAACCCAAACCCGUGAAGCCCGUGCCUUCAGUCCAGCCUCAGAUGGUCACCGAGCCUUCGAUCCUCACGCCGACUCCCGCGCACACUCUCUCGCCUCCGAAGCGGGGGAAAGCGAAAGCGGCUCCUCCUCAGGGCGGCGACUCCGAUACGGACCCCGAGGCCCCCGUGGCUCAGCAGUUGCUCUCCUUCAUCAUGGACGACCCUGAUUUUGAGAGCGAAGAGGAGCAGGUGCGGAAAGAGAAAAAGGGUGCUAUCCCUGUCAGGUCUGACCUUCCCGACCUCUCGGAUGACGAACUCGUCCCUGCCGAGCCCUUGAAGUCCUCCAUGCGCUCCUUCAAACACAAGAACGACAGCGACCUUUUCGGCCUGGGCUUCGAGGAGAAAAGCGUCAAGAGCAAAGAGAGCAGUGACGAACAGGAUGAAAAGGAAGUCAAGCACUCCAUGAAAGAGAAGAAGAAAAAGAAGAAGAAGAGUAAAGAGGAUGAAGAGAAAAGCAGCAAAAAGAAGAAACACAAGAAGAAGGAGCGCGAGGAGCCAGAAGGAGCCGGAGAUGAGAAAGAGAAGAAAAAGAAAAAGUCCCGGAACAAGAAAGUCGGCGAGCUGGAUGAUUUGGAAGCCUUCCUGGGUGGAGGAGAAACGGUGGAAAAGAGAGAAGAGGGAGACUACGAGGAGCUCUAGAGGACGAAACGUGGCGAAUUUUUAACCUGCACUACUGGCCUUGAUUUGGCUUCGGCAUUUCAGCAGCACGGUUCUCGACAUUUUGUGUGUGUGUGUGUGUGUGUGUGUGUGUGUGUGUGUGUGUGUGUGUGUGUGUGUGAAACUCACUCUGUUUGUGAGUGAUGUUCAAACCUGCUCUUGGUCACGUGUCAUUUCUACCACGGAGGAGCGAAGGGAGGCUCCUUCUGUAACUCCAGCUGCAAUAAGUGGAGAAGCCAUUGAGAUCUCCUGCAUGUAACUUUUUUUUCCCCCCCCUCCUUCUUUUUCUUCUCCAGGGUGAAGAUUCAACUGGCUUCUCGCUUUUCUACUGUAUCUGUUUGCUUUUUUUUUUUAAAUUUAAUUUAAUUUUUUUGUAUCCACUCCAGAAGCAAACCACUUGGCUUUGAUAAUAAAUUAGCUGUUGUUUUGUAGGCAUGUGCCGAUAAUCAGGUUCAUGAUGUAUCGCGAUAUUUAGGUUGCACGAUAUUAUUAUUGGGCGUUGUUUUUUUUUUUUUUAAUAUAAAGCAGUCACUCUGCAAUCCCACACUUCUAUUCCCCAGAUGAGAAGUCCAUGAAUCGUUUGAACUCUGACUUGAUGGUUAAAACGCCCUCUGAGGCAAACAAGUACAUACGAGGUAUUUAAAACAUAAUGUGUAUAUGGUCAUUUAUCAGCAAUUUUGCAUCCUGUUACAUAGUGACUUGUGUGAAAACUACCAGAGUUGUAUAACAGGACUCGAUGCAAUAAUUACUCCCAAAUUAAAUGUUGAUUUAGAAAUUGACAAUUAGAUCUUGGUACAUGGUGUGUAGUGGAAAGCAAUGUCAAAAAAAUACCAUGUGUACCUGGUAUUUAAUGCUAAGAAGUUUCCAUAAAUGCAUACAUGCUUUACAUGAUGGUUCCUUUAAUAUUAUUUACAUCAACAAUUGAUAAAAUUCGGCCUUAAUAAACCAGAAACCAGAAUAAAAUAACAAGCAAGGAGUAAACCACUUUGUGGGUGUGCCGUUGGAGGAAAAUAAUCAGCGAUAGGGUGGUGUGAAAUGGCCUGAUAUGAGUAAAUAUUGAAUAUUCAUCUGAAACUAAAGGGGUCCUAGCAUUGAGCCCUGAGGUACACCUACUGUUUUUUUUUUCACACUAAUCACUAUACACUUAAAUUUCUCGUUCAAAAAUGACCUUUAUUUGUUUAAGAAAACCAGGUUACACAUUUAUUCUAAGUUUUGCAUUGUCGCACCAAGAACUGCACUACACAAGCAAGUUAUACUCCGUUUAACUAAAGCUCAUUGCUCUGAAUUUCCAACCUUUGAAAAAAAAACGCCUCCUGAAUUUGGAAGUUGUACUCUGAAACUUGAAGGUUUCCUCCGCUUCCGAGUUCGACACGUGCCGUCAAAUCAGCAUGGCGUCAGGAGGAAACAAAGUCGCACGUCUUACCUUUUUAUACAAGUUACGCCGUGUAUACAAGUAUUUGCUUUAGAUCGAUUAACAUACAAGCAUCAUUAUCACUUGUUAAAUGAUGAUACAUCACUUGUCUUAUUAACGUUAGAUGGGAACAUUGUUGCUAACAAAAGACAGACAUCCAUCAAGGGUCCAUGUUUUAUCCUGUCUUUGUAGCUUAAUCAACACGAUUCCAAAUGCGUCAGUACUAUGCACUUGAAUAUCCGACAUGCAAAUCGUUUUCUGGAAAUUACACAACAGUGUUUACACGAACAAAUCCUGGCUCGCUACAACAUUCCUAACGCAACAUUGUGAUUAAUACUGGGAUGUUGGGAAAUGAAACGUAAUAUCGGCACAUGCCUGUUCUGUCGUAAACGCAUGACUCUUACCGUCGGUGUUGGGGCAUGGCUUACCGUUCUUUUCUGUACAUUUAGUUUUGGUGUAUAAUUAGGUGACGUGUGCUGUGUACUGUACUUUGUGCCUGUGUAUAAUUAUUGUUAUUUUUCUCCAAUUUCCAGAAAGACUUUCUUGUAGAUUUCAUUUUGGAAUGAUACGACUUGCAAGGAUUUAACAAUAAUAACAACGACGAAAAAAGCGAUUAUCUGCUACUGGUUCACGUAUAUCGGAAACGUAGGCAGUUUUAUAGGAAUAGUUCAUCCAAAAAUAAUAAACGUCCGAGGUUUCAUUACUUCAGAUCAUUGAUAAGCCGAGACAAUUCAUAUAAAAUAAAAUUAGCUUGUUUGCACGUUCACCAUGAGGCUGAAGUAGCUAAAGUAACAAAAGUGAACAAAAUUGAAAUAACUAACGCGUAUACUUUUAUCACCGCUAAUGGACAACUCCGCCUUCACGAUUAUAGUUUAGCGUGAACUCAAACUAUGCGUUGAAGGAAGAAAUGGCUUCGAGAUGUAGCUACGACGGGUUUGUGUUUUAUAAAUAGCACCGAAGUAAUCAGGUCAUCAUGUAGCUAGAAGUAGCUAGAAGCUUUUACUUGUUCGCAACUUUAGUGCAAAAUUAAGUAAAUGAACUUAAGAGAUUAAAUAUUUCUCGGCGAAGCAAAUCCAGUACACAUGUUUUUGGCUGAACUUCUUUCAGCUCUCAGGUUGGUUGGUCGCCAUUCUGAAAUAUCUGCAGAGGUUUUCAGACAUCCAGGUUACGUUAAAUGUUUUAUAAUAGCAAGUCAAGGUUACUGCACUUCCUAUAUAUACUGUAUAUAUUUUUUCUCACUGAACUAAUGGAGAAUUACCUUUUUUGUUUUUCGUACUCCAAGACACCAUUUUGAUGUGUAUACACAAUGAAUGAGUCAAAGUGACUACAAGAGCUUCAUUGAAAUGAUUUGUAUCUUUAAGGAAAUGGUGGACUGGAUUAAUGAAAGAUUGGUCACUUUCUCCUUCACUCAGUUGUACUUGAUCAGCCGAGGUGUGUGUGUGUCCGUCCGUCCGUCCAGUGCGAUUAGUUUUGAGCUGAAGCUUUUGAAUGGAAGUCUGUCUCCUAGUUUUUUGGAAACAAAUCUGGAUUUAGAUUGCUGCAUUCAAACUUUUAUCGUCCGCGUUCAUUUCAUUACAAUUCCACUGCCACACUUUGAAAGGUGGAGCUUGUGGUGUGGAUCGAUACCAAACUGCACUGACGGCAAGGAAAACAGCUUUCCGGUUGUCCAAGAUGGCCGCCUCGAUAACAUUUCAGUGUUCAGCUAUAUGGAAUCAAUUUUAUGCCAAAAUGU